AUGAGUGAUAGUGAGGAUUCUUCAAAAAAAGCGUCAACAACUGGAUUAGGAGCAUUAGCUGCUCUAGUCAAUAAUCCACUGGUUGAAGGUGCACUACAACAAACAGAAACUGUUCCCAUUGGAUUAAGCACAUCCUAUAAUAAUGAUGAUUCAAAUAAUGAAGAUUCCGAUAGCAAAACAAAUGAACUUAGCAAUGAAUUACAAUCGGAAUCAAUAAUACCUGAUGAUGAUAAUAUUCUUCCGAGAAGUUCAAAUGCAUCUGACCGUUUAAUUACUGAUCAAGAUAGGUCGACACCGAACAUAACUGAUUCAUCAUUAAAUCAUGUAAAUCAAGGUCCAGUUCGAUCUAUGAGUGAAUCAGUUCUUAUUGAUCAUCAUAAUCCAGCUGAACAACCAUCAACAUUACCUGUGCUACAAGAUGAAAAUUCGGCUGAUGAAGAUAAUACUAGUGAUCUUAGUAGUGGUCGGAAAAUAGCAAAAAAUACUAAUACAACUAAUAAUUUAUCACAACAAGAACAAGAAAAUAAUACAGAUCGUACGUUUGAUCGUGAUUCUAUUCGGUCGAUAAAAGAAUCAAAUGAUGAUACUGAACGAUCAUCAAGUGCUACAAAAAACAAUCAUCUUGAUGAAACAACACGUUUUACUGCUGCAUCACCUAAACCAUCAGUAUCGAGAAUACCAUCUACAUCAAGUAAACAAUCACAAUCUAUGGUUAUUCAACGGCCAAAAUCACCAUUGACCGGUGAAAAAGCGUCAUCAUCAUCACGACGCGAGAGUGUGAAUAAAACUGAUCCACAGCAAACAUCUCGAUCAUCGAGUGCUAUGAAAUCAAACGUUAACGACAAUAAAUCAGAAUCAUCUACAACUCAAUUGAACAAUGAUCUUGCGACUACCAAUGAACAAUCAAAACUGAUAAAAUCAGGUGAACAACUUCAAAUACCAACAAACGAGACUGAUAAUGCACAUAUCAAUAGUCCACCACCAACAAGUGAAAAGAAUCGUAAAACUUCGACAGAAUCUUCAGUUAGCAAUAAAAAGAUGAUUGAUGGCGAUGCAGCUUCAUCAAAAAGUCGCCGUAGCAGUAAUACCAGUCAACAGCAAAAACUGAAUUUAAAUUCAAGUCGCAAAGGAAGUAAUGCAUCAGAACAAAAAGUAUCAAGUAACCGAGCGAGUAUUACUAGUGAGAAAAAAUCUACUAUUCAACAAAAUUCAUCUGAUGACCAAGAAAAAAAAUCGCCGAGUUCUCGUCGUACGAGUACUUCAAAACAAGAACAAAUAAUUUCGACUGACAAUGAAGGUAGCCGCCGAGUAUCAACGGAUGUCGAUGUUCCUGUUCGAACGUCAGCUAAACAAAUAAUUUCAUCGGCGCGAACAACACCCAGAGAAAACAAUCAAACAUCGCAAGCUACUCAACAAAUUCAUAUUCCACCACUUCAAUUAACUGAUGACGAUGUUCCAUCAUCAAGACCACAAUCACCAAAUGUUGUACAACUUGCUGAACAUAAUAUCAUCACACCAAAAACUAGAAAACGAAAUGAACAAAAAAAGAAAGAGCAACAUCGAAGUAACAGUGCUGACUCUUUGAAUUAUAUUCCACUUGUUGACGAUGCAUCGAUCGAUUCAGCAUCCGAUGUUAAUACAGGAUCUGUACGAAAACAGCCACAACGUAUUAAAUCGAAAAAAAUCGAUGUUGAAACUAGUACCGAUCAAAGAGUAGAUUAUAAGGCUGACACACGUCAUAUUUCUAAAAAACAACAAGAAUCAACUUCUCAAAAACCAUCGAAAGGAAUAAAACCAAGUUCAGGUCAACAUCAACCUAAAAUUCGUCGUACAACAACAACAACAGAACGAACUUCAACAACAACACCAGACACAGAUCUUGAUACGAAUGCUCGUCGAGUUCAACGUUCAAAUAAAAAAACCGAUGACAACGAUGAUGCAGUUAAUGUUAAUGUUACUGUUCUUGUUAAAAACAUCAACGAUGAAGAUAGCAAUCAAACUUCUCUUGUAUCAACUAAACAGAAACCGCAAAAGAACCAAGAAGCGCUUCAAUCAUCGGCAGACUUCGAACGUCAUACACAAUCGGACACAGAACAAAUAAUAACAGAAAAACAAAAAAAACGUCGUCGACCUAAACGUGUAUCACGUAAAACACAAACACAAGAAUGUAUUUUUCGACGAAUGGAACGUGAACAACAUGACGAGUUACGUCCAGUAAAUGAUACCGAUAAAAAUAUUCAAACACGAAAAUCACAAUUAUGUCCAAAAUCGAAAUCACCAAAAAAACAUCCUACUUAUAUAUCAACAGAUGCAUUCAAAAUUGAAGAAAUUUUACCAAAGCAAUUUCCUCACUCACAACAAAAUCCAUCAAAAACAUCGAUGGUUGCUCGCAGUAAUUCACCGCAAAAUGGAAAAUUAUUAAUUUUACGUCCAACACUUCCUUUUCAUCAUACUAACGCUGUUAAUAUACAGCGUAUAUGUCUUCAAUACGCUAUUGAUUUAAUCCCCAGUGAAAAUAAAUUGAAUGAUUCACCGUAUGCCCAACGACAUAAGCCACUUACUGUCAAACAGCCUGAGCAAGCAAAUAAUUUACCUAUGAUACGUUCAUCAUCAUCAUUAACAGGAAAUACUUCAAUAAAUAAACCAAAUACGAAAGAUAAAACAGUUUCCGGCAGAGUUGAAGAUCGUACUUAUCAACGUAAAAAUGGUGGCGCUGUUUGA